AUGAAGUGCCCCGUGUGCGGGCUGGACCUCAGCUCGUGGACGCUGCCCGACGCGGAGGCGCACGCGGACGGCUGCCUCGAUCUCGCGCCCCCCGUCGACGCCGCGACGGGGACCGAAGAACGAGGCGCGCGAGAGCUCGGGGUGCCCAGCUCAGGGUGCCCACCCGCCCAUCGCCGCGGACCGUCGCCCGUCGCCGGUUCCUGGACCGAAGAGGCGGAGCUCCGAGGCGACGCCGGCGACGCGGCGGCGUCGACGGCGCGCGGGGAGCCCAAGGGGACGCGCGUGGAGGGCGACGGGAUGACUGACGCGGAGAGGCACGACGACGAUUGGCUCAGGCUCGCCAUCGCGAUGUCCGCGUCGAUGGCCGACGCCGAAAACGCGCGGGUGAUGGCGACGUCGGGGGACUACGGGUGGAUGCCCGCACCGUCGGGGGAGGAAGGCGCGGAUCGCGUGGGACGUCUCGUGGAGCAUCGCACCGCGACGAAGCCGUCGAACGACGCCGCGCCGACUCAGAGCCGUUCUAAGCCGCCGCUCGCCGACUCCACCAACGCGGGCGGUUCCGGCGCGGUGGACGAGGGAAGAGGCGCGCGCGGCGGGGGAACGGUCGAGAUGCCCGAGGCGGACGCGGUCGAGAUGCCCAAGGCGAUUCGGUUCGCCAUACGCGCGGGGCGGCGGCGGCGAGGCGACGACGACGAUUACGAAUACGACGACGACGACGGCGGGAGCGAGUUAGACGCGGGUUUGGACGCGACGCAGCGCACGCGGCGUAGGAUUCGAGCGCCGCUGUGGUCUAUGGCGGGCCACGGCGGCCGCGACGAGCCGUUGCCGGACUCCCUCCUCGCGCGUUGCCUAGGAAAGUGA